CCAGCCAGAUGCCGGAGAGCUGGAACCCAGGAACAACCUGCAAAGGUCAAACCCUUUGACAAAGGCUCUUUGCUGCAGCAGCUUGUUUACUGUGCGGCUCAGACUCGUCCAGUUUGUCCCCCAUGACGGACUGCACCUUCCCCCUCAGCUCUGCCACACAACACUUGCUGCAGCCAGAUCACUGGAAGCUUCCUCCCCAUGUAAGGUCCCAGUGCCACCGCAGUGAGCACAGCCUGAGCCUGGAUGGCCAGGGCUGCCAGUACAGCCGCCUGGAGCCACUGGAGUGCCGGGAUCUGCUGGUCCAGAACGCGCUCUUCACUGGAGACCUGGACAUGGUGCAGAAGUUCUUCACCAAGAGCGCAGCCAUCAACCUCAUCAUUGAGACCAGGGGUGAUGUGCUGCGCUGGACUAGCAGGAAACGUGGACUGUGGUCUCUGACCUACGAGCAGGAGCUCACCACACCCCUGCACAUCACAGCCAGCCGGGGCUACACCGACUGCCUGCGGCUCCUGCUGCUCCGGGGCGCUGCCGUCGACUUUGCCCCGGGGGGCAAGACUGCCCUGCACGAGGCUUGUGCAGCUGCCAGCACCGACUGCGUGCGCCUGCUGCUCAGCUCCGGAGCUGACCCCGAGGCUGUCUCUGAGGAUGGCUACAGACCCCUGCACCUCUGCAAGAGCCCAGACUCCAUUGAGUGUGUCCGGCAGCUGCUGCAGCAUGGUGCCAGUGCCAACAGUCGGACGGAGGAGGAGAAUGACACAGCCCUGCACGUGGCAGCACGGCAUGGCCUGGCAGAGCACGUCCAGCUGCUUCUGUGCCACAAGGCAGAGCUGGAGGCAAAGAAUGAGGAGGGACAAACACCACUGAACGCUGCCUGUGCUCAGCGCCAUCAACCCCAGGACACGGACCGCUACUACCGGGUGUGCCAGCUACUGGUGGAGAGCGGUGCCAGCAUCAACGCUGCCGAUCGGGACAGGCAGCACCCGCUUCACCUGGCCUGCAAGAAUGCCAACGCUCAAAUUGCAGAGCUACUGCUGGCCCGGGGUGCAAAUGUCAAUGUCAUGAACUACGGCGGCAACACAGCCCUGCACAAUAUCCUGCAAGUAGCUGCUUACAAACUGGAGCAUCGCCCAGAGCUCGUGGUGCGAGCCCUGCUCAACCACGGAGCUGUCCGCAUCUGGCCGGGCUCCCUCCUCAAGGUGCUGCGGUACUGCCACACCUGCCCACGCAUCAUCGAAGCCCUGGUGAACAGCUACACCCACGUGCGUGUCUCCGAGGACUGGGUGCAAGCAGUUCCAGAGGAGGUGGUACAGACUCAUUACUAUCCAGGAUGCUGUCCUUGAUUUAAAGUGAAGCCCCAUUCUUCUUUCCUGUAUGUUGCACCUUAUACUUGGAGGCACAAAUCAGCCAGUUCAUGUACCUGGUGUUUCCAGCAACCAAGAUCAGAUUGUCUUGAGCAAGUGCCACCUAUGACUUUUACUAUCCCAACAAUUCAUUUUCAUCCACUCCUGUAAUUUUGUCAGCAACUGUUCUUUAUUUCUCACUGAUUGCUAACAACAUAUAACACUGAUUUGUGAAGACAAUAGAGCUAGAAAUACACCUUUCAAAUGGCUGUGUAGGAUAAGUCUUCUCAGUCACCCAGUUCUUUUGGAUCUCUUAAUGCUGAGCCCACUGACUGCAGCAUACAGCUAAUUUUUCAUAGUAGAAUGUUCUGCAGAACUGACUUACAGGAAUCUAAGCAUACCCCAUCUCUCAUUAGCUGUAUCAAACUUGGAAGCUUACAAAAAAGUUACAUAAAAUCAUUUGAAAAUAUCCUUUUUGAGUUAGAUUAAAUUGGGUUCUAGUUUUGUCUAAUUUACCCAGGAUGUCCUUUGGUUGCUUGUCUGUGAUUGGCUAGAGAUAUAUGUUGAACUAACUGCUCUGUAGUUUCCUGGAUAUCCAUAUGAACACAUUUAAAUACUGACAAGACAUUGGAUUUUUUCCCCCUAAUAAUCCCAAGUUCCCCAGUGUGCCAUGAUUUGUUAUAAAGAAAAAAAAAUAAAUGGUUCAGUGAAUUCAUUAGCCAGUUAAAUAUUCUUGGAUGUAAGCUCUUCUCCUGCACAUUACAAAAAUUGUUACUUACA